AUGGGCUACAUGUGUGACUUCUGUGGUGAACAAAGAUCUAUGGUGUACUGUCGAUCCGACGCAGCUUGUCUCUGCCUCUCUUGUGACCGGAGUGUUCAUUCCGCUAAUGCAUUGUCCAAACGACAUUCUAGGACACUUGUCUGCGAGAGAUGCAAUGCUCAGCCUGCAACAGUUAGAUGUAUUGAAGAAAAGGUUUCACUCUGCCAAAACUGUGAUUGGUCAGGCCACAACAACAAUAAUUCAAAUAAUCACGAGAGGCAAAGUAUAAACUGCUACUCUGGUUGUCCUUCAAGCUCGGAGCUCGCUUCUCUCUGGUCUUUUUGCUCGGACUUAGCUGGAGAAUCCGCUUGUGAAGAAGAAAUGAGUAUGAUGAAUGUAGACGAUGAAGAUCAGGCCAAGCAAAACUGUAAUGAGGAUAAGAAAGAUGUUAUUGUUGCCUAUUCUUCAAGGCCUGAGGAAAACAGUUCUUGUUAUGGUUUGAAAGAUGUUGGAGUGUGUGAAGAUGAUUUUUAUGGGAACUUGGGUAUGGAUGAAGUUGACUUGGCACUUGAGAACUAUGAAGAACUCUUUGGAUCAGCUUUUAACUCCUCGGGACAACUCUUUGGACAAGGUGGAAUCGAUAAUCUUUUCCAGAAACAUCACCAAGCAGGAGCAGCUCCUGAGGGAGGGAGUUUGGUGCAGCUAGAUGAGAGUAAUGAUGACUCGUUCAUGAGUUCUAAAACAGAACCAAUAAUCUGUUACACGUCGAAGCCAGCACAUUCAAAUAUAUCAUUCUCUGGAGUUACAGGAGAAAGUAGUGCUGGAGAGUUUCAAGAAUGUGGUGCAUCAUCUUCCAUGCAGCUCUUGGGGGAGCCACCAUGGUAUCCUUCUCAAACAUCAGAGGAUAUUAAAUCUUGUUCAUAUUCAGUAACUCGUAAUAACGCGGUUAUGCGUUACAAGGAAAAGAAGAAGGCUCGCAAGUUUGAUAAGAGAGUGAGGUAUGCUUCUCGGAAAGCAAGAGCUGAUGUGAGAAGGCGUGUAAAGGGGAGAUUUAUCAAAGCUGGUGAAGCUUAUGACUAUGAUCCACUCACCCCAACCAGAAGCUAUUGAGUGGUAAACAAUGUAGAUAAACAUGGCCGGAAAAUCAAAACAAGAAAGGUUUUUGACUCAAGGAGAGAGAGUUCUCAAGACUAAUUCUCUGGUUUGAGAAGACACUAAGCUGAUGAUUAUUGUAAACAAGCAAAUCAUUCAUUCUUGGGAUUUAAUUGGUUUCUUUGGACACCUCAGAAACUUCAUUCUUGUUCCAUGAGUUUUGUUCUAUAGUUAAAAAAAGC